AUGCCCGUCCGCCUUUACGCCCGUGAGCUGCGCGCCGGCCGCCCUAACGACCGCAACGGUGGUGACAGCGGCGGCGCGGAGCCCCAUGAUUCCACGGGGCUCCCGGGCGCGCGCGGGGGGCAUUUUUCGCCCCCCGUGACGCGCUUCACGCCGCCGGCGCACACGUCGCCACCGGUCGCGGUGAUCGCCGCGGGGCCGCGGUACACGCCUGCGGGAUCGCCCGGAGCGACCGCCACCAGGCCCCGGGCAACAACGAGCGCCCUCCGCGAAGAGGAGGUCCCGGCCAGGAGGGCGUUCAGGCCGCGCCUGCCGCAGAGGACAACCACCACCACCACCACCAGCGGGGGCGUCGUCAGACGAAACAUCAGGAGCAACGGCAGCGAGGGGGACGGCACCGUUGGCGGCGGCACGGCGGCGGAACCGGAGGACGAUAGUGACGAAUCGUGGACAGUGGCCGAAGGAAGGGCCGCGCGGAGAAGAGCGAGGAGGGUGAGGGCGCGCCUCUCAUCUGAUGAGGAGGCAUCGGGCAUGAAGUCGCGCGCUGCGCCCAGUCCGCUGCCCCUCACGGCGGUGAAUUAUCCCCCCUUACGGGGGUUCGUGACGAGGAGCACGGUGAGCGGAGGGACACCACCGGCGGGACCGGCGGAGGUUGCAGCGCGUCCGGAAGGUAUUGGUGAGUGCGUCGCCGUUCCCACGUGUGCUCUGGUAAGUGUCCGCGGUGUUAUGGGUCAGCGGGGAACACGCGCGCCCGUCGUCGAGGCGCGUCCGGGGAGGGCGGGGGCGUCUGCGGUACCAGCGACUACGGCGAGGGGCGGCGCGCGUCCGCCCGCACUCCCGCGGAGUCCGCCGGCCGCGGCGAGAGGUGAGCUAGUGGCGGCGCCUGUCGCGCUCACGGCGCGGCAGAAAGUUGCCGAGAGGCGACGUCUCGUCGCGGCUGCGGACUCGGCGGGUACGCUCGCCGACCUCGAGCGCCUGAUGACGCAAGUCGUCGGGUUCUUCGGGGAACGCGAGCAGGGCGGCGGCGCGCCGCGUCCUCGUGGCCGCUCGGUACGGUCGCGAGAGGCCGGAGAUAACGCGCGGAGAGCGGGGGGAGUGGGGGACGGCGCCAAUAGCGAGGGGGGAUCCGCACCGGCGGAGCCCCCCAUGUUCGGUGGAGAAACUCGCGCGGAUGCGGGACGCGAAGCAGCGCGCUUGCAAGCGCUGUUCAAGAAGAACCGCCGCAAAGCGAUCAGAGAAGUCUUGUCCGGCCCCGCGGAGGUAUGCGACGUGUCCACACAGCGGGUGUCUGACUACUUCAGACGAUUAUACUGCGGCGCGGGAAACCUGAGUGGCGCGGCGCCUGCGGAGCUGCCCGAGACCUCGGGCGAUGGCGAGCAGGCGGCUGAGUUAAUUCGGCCGAUCACGGAGCGAGAGGUCGACCGAAGGCUCCGGCGUGUGAAUAACUCUGCGCCCGAACUAGAUGGUCUCACCUACUGUGACCUCCGUCUCUCGGAUCCGACGGCUCAGCUGCUCGCCGCAGUGUUCAACGCCUGCCUGCGGCUCGAGGCUGUCCCCGCGAGUUGGAAGAUCCCCAACACUUCUUGUCUCUUCGCGGCAGUGCUGGCCGAUCGUUUGACCGACUGGGCGAUCGCCGGCCGAAAGCUAAGUCCGCCUCAGAAGGGGUUUCUGAGGGACGAGGGAUGCUACGAGCACAACUUCGUCCUGCAGGAGAUCCUGACUGAUGCUCGGAGGGACCGCAGGGAAGUGGUAGUCGCGUGGCUGGACUUUGUAGUCUUGCUUUGUAGUCUUGCCGCGUGGCCCUCAGUCAGGAGCGUAGCCCUGCCCACAGCGCCCCUAGCCGGAGAGGUGUGA